ACCCGCAGCGACCCGCAGCCGUGAAGCUAACAGGCUAGCAGGCUAGCAGCCACACAACGUUGGUCUUUGAGUCAGAGACGUUUAAACGUUUGUAGACGACACGUUUCAGGCUCGGAUUACGUCAAUGACAUGACUGUGAAUUAAAGGGAAAGCUGUCCAAAGAGGCAGGUAUCAUUCUGAUGAGGGGGCAACUACAGCGGGAAGGAUGCAGCAGAAAAGGAAUAUCCAGAUCAUCGAGUGGGAGGACCUCGACAAAAGGAAGUUCUACUCCUUCGGGGUAUUCAUGACUAUGUCCAUCCGGGCCACCGUCUACCCGGCCACGUUGAUCCGCACUAGGCUGCAGGUGCAAAGGGGGAAAUCGCUCUACAGCGGCACCUUUGAUGCCUUUUUCAAGAUCCUACGGGCAGAGGGCGUGAGAGGCCUGUAUCGUGGCUUCAUGGUGAACACCUUCACACUAAUCUCAGGGCAGGCAUACAUAACUACCUACGAGCUAGUGAGGAAGUAUGUUUCCCAGUAUUCCACGGACAACACAGUCAAGUCGCUGGUGGCGGGUGGCUCGGCCUCCCUGGUUGCACAGAGCAUCACCGUACCGAUAGAUGUGGUUUCUCAGCAGCUGAUGAUGCAGGGCCAGGGGCAGCACCUCACCCGCUUUCGUCUCGAUUCUGGUUCUGAGACUGGAAAAACAAAAAAAGUGUUUGGGCAAACCAGGAACAUUAUGUCUCAGAUUUUUGCUGCUGACGGCCUGCGGGGCUUCUACAGAGGAUAUGUGGCUUCCUUACUCACAUAUAUCCCAAACAGUGCAGUCUGGUGGCCUUUCUACCACUUCUAUGCUGAGCAGCUCUCUAAACUGGCCCCCAGUGACUGCCCUCAUCUGAUCCUACAAGCCAUGGCUGGACCCUUAGCCGCAGCUACUGCCUCAACGGUCACUAACCCAAUGGAUGUGGUCAGAGCACGAGUUCAGGUUGAAGGGAGGACCUCGAUCAUUGAGACGUUCGGGCAGCUGAUCAAAGAGGAGGGCUUCUGGGGAUUGACCAAAGGACUGUCGGCACGCAUCAUUUCAUCCACACCCACUACCAUCGUCAUGGUGGUUGGCUAUGAAACACUGAAAAAACUGAGUUUGCGACCCGAGCUGAUGGACUCGAGGCACUGGUAAAAGAAACCUGGACAGCCUACGCUGCAUAUGAGCCAUGUGCCAUUUUUAAGCCCACAUCAUAACCUUGAACGGUGAACGUACUGGAUGGGGGUGGGGGAUUUGUUUCAAAUGUAAAAUAGUGUGGGAACAACAUGGAGCCAGCUUCUUUGUUUUUUUUUUUUUUUUAAACACUAGCUAUGAUCUUAAACCUGUUUUAAGCUGUUUGGCUGAAUCUUUUCUAAAAACUGAUUUACUGCUGGGAAACAUCCACAACCAGGUUUAGAUUGCGCGUGGGCUGCUUUGAGUUUAGCUUUUGGUGCGAAAACCAGUUGCUGAAUGCAAUAUUUUAACAAUGUGAGACACGCUGAUGCAUAUUAAAUCAUUAGUUCUUUUCUGUUAUCUUCAAGCAUCUUUGUGCUGGAGAAAAGUGGAAGUGAUAAUCUUAUGAUACAAAAACACAGGUGGUUACUAUAGUAACCUGUGUUGGUACUGUCCUACCAAAGGAAAGAUGUUUUGAUCAAGUUUCAGAGAAACGGUCAUAUUACUAAAGAUGACGCAUUCAAUUCCAUUCACUUUUAUUUGUUAGACAGGGACUGUACAUAUUAAUGGACACAAGUGUAAAUAUGUAUG